UAACAACACUACCUAACACAAACCUGGAGACGGACUGGAGAAUCGCUACACUGGCCUGCGAUAAAUUCAGUGCAUUUUCUAGACGGAAAAAAAGUAAUUUUGGUGAAAAUAAAUCCAUAGGAAGAGGCUUUUUCCUUCUUGGUAACAAUGAGUCAACGGCAGAUCAUUCAAGUUUUUGAGCAGUAUCAGAAAUCAAGAAUGCAGUUUGUGCAAACAGUUGCUGACCUGGCAUCCAGGCAGCAAAACAUAGAAAUCCUCCAAAAUGCUGGUGUGAUGUCACUGCUGCGCCCCCUGAUGCUGGAUGUGGUCCCCAGCGUCCAGCAGACGGCAGCUCUGGCUUUGGGCCGCCUGGCAGACCACAGUGAUGACCUGGCUGAGGCUGUGGUGAAGGAAGACAUCCUGCCUCACCUGGUCCACUCCCUGGCCUCACAGAACAGGUUCUACAAGAAGACAGCAGCGUUUGUGCUGCGUGCAGUUGCCAAACACUCACCCCAGCUGGCCCAGUCUGUGGUGGCCUCUGGGGGGGUGGAUGCCCUGGUUCUCUGCCUGGAAGAGUUUGACCCUGGGGUGAAGGAGGCCGCUGCUUGGGCCCUGGGUUACAUCGCACGACACAACGCAUCGUUGUCUCAGUCAGUUGUGGAUGCGGGCGCUGUCCCUCUGCUGGUGCUUUGUCUUCUGGAGCCCGAGGUGGCCCUCAAACGCAUCGCAGCCUCCACCCUCAGUGACAUCUGCAAACACACACCAGAGCUGGCUCAGACUGUGGUGGAGAGUGGAGCCAUCGCUCACCUCGCACAGAUGAUCCUCAGCCCAGAUGCCAAGCUGAAGAGGCAGGUGUUCUCGGCCCUCAGUCAGAUCAGUAAACACUCCGUCAGUCUGGCAGAGAUGGUGAUUGAGGCGGAGAUCUUCCCCGCUGCCAUGGUCUGCCUCAGAGACCAGGAUGAGUAUGUAAAGAAGAACAUCAGCACCCUGAUGAGGGAGGUGGUCAAACACACCCCAGAGCUCUCCCAGGUGAUUGUGAAUUAUGGUGGCAUGGCAGCAGUGAUAGACUAUCUGGGCAAUUGCCAUGGAAACCUACGAUUGCCCGGGAUCAUGAUGCUGGGAUAUGUGGCAGUUCACAGUGAGAACCUCGCCAUGGCUGUCAUUCUCUCCAAGGGGGUGCCACAGCUGUCCCUUUGUCUGUCUGAGGAGCCCGAACACCACGUCAAGGCGGCCACAGUCUGGUCAAUCGGUCAGAUUGGUCGUCACACCCCUGAGCACGCCAAGGCGGUGGCCACUGCUAACCUGCUCCCCAAACUGCUGCAGCUGUACAUGGAUGCUGGCAGCUCAGAGGACCUGCAGGCCAAAAGUAAAAAGGCUCUGAAGAGCAUCUUGCAGAAGUGCACCUACCUGCCAGGACUGGAGCCGCUCCUUUACGACGCUCCAAGCGACAUCCUCAAACAUGUCGUCUGCCAGUUCAGCAAGGUGCUGCCUCAUGACAGUAAAGCGCGCCGUCUGUUCGUGACCAGUGGCGGGCUGAAGAAGGUGCAGGAGAUCGAGGCUGAGCCCGGAUCUGUUCUGCAGGAGCACAUCAACGCCAUCAACAGCUGCUUCCCCGAGGAGAUAGUCAGGUACUACUCCCCUGGAUACUCAGAGGUCUUGUUGGAGCGGUUAGAGAACUACCAACCAGCCUGACAUCAGCUCACAUUAAACAUCCUGUUUAAAUGUUAA